UUGAUACCGGGCAUAGAUAUUGGGCAAGCUAAAUUUCAAAGUUAACGAUCACCCUGAAGUUAGUCAAAUUCUGACAUUUUUUUAAUUAAAAAUUCUAUAACUUUAAAAAAAAUAUUUUUUUGGAAUAGAAAAAAAAUGUCUGAUAUCGGCUAACUUCAGGGUCAUAGUUCACGUCAACUUGCUGACGAAGUGGCUGAUGGGGGAUGAUAAUAAUAACUACAGUCAGCUGUUUUAGUUCUUUUCUAUCAUUUGGAUCUUUCAAUACGAAAAAACUAGUUGAUUUCAAGGUUUUGGUUUUUUUAAUUAAAAUCACAUAAAAAAUUUAAUAAAUGUUGUUACUGUGACAUUUUAUAAAACAACAUGUUUGGAUGUAUUGUAAAAAAUAAUUAGAUGAAGUUUCAAAUAUUUUACAUCGUCAAUAAAUUUUAUAUUGUUAUUACCAUUUCAUGAUUAAUGAUAUUGAGGAAUGUUUGGAUUUGGAUGAAGAUGACGACUGUACUGUGAAAGAUAUGCAUAAUCAUUUAGAAGAACCUUGCAGUGGAGAUUGGUGUGAUCUUCUAGAAAUUAUGAAAAAGCGAUGUAGGGAGACAAAUGAUGGACUUCGAGAAAUCUUCGAUGAUGUGUGUCGUCCAUUUCCUGAGAUUACUGCCCAUUACAGUUUCGAAUCAUGUUCAAGUAUAUUGUGUCGAGAACGGCAGAAUUACAGAGAAAAAAUACCUGACAGUUUAGCAAAACUUGGCAUGACUUUGUAUGAAAAUAAAAUUGCUAAAGGUUAUGUCUCAGUAGGAGGUAAAUCUGCAGUAAUUUUUACUAGCAGCAAAUUGCUGGAAGCUUUUAGACGAAUCGAACGAUAUAUUUAUGGAUGGUACCUUCGAUAUGUUGGAACAGUCAUCGUUUUAAUGGAGAAUAGAACAACUGAAAUGUAUAAAGAAGUUUUUUAUUGGUUGAAAAUCCAUGCAAAGUCUAUUGGAACUAAUAAUAAAUUAAUUAUUAUUAGCGAUUUCGAAAAAGCAACUAUAAAAGCACUGAGGGAAUGUUUCCCGUUGACCAAAGUCCAUGGUUGCUAUUUUCACUAUUGCCAAGCUGUUAUUAAACGAUGGACUAAACUUAGAUUAGAUAUACCCGAUCAAAUUUUAUCCAUGGUACUUACUAUUCCUUUAUUACAUGCCGAUAAAUUUCCUGAAGCAGAAUAAAUUAUCAACGACGAGAUCAAAAUAAAUAAUUUGUCUGACAGAGAUCCCAAUAUUUUAUUGUUUAUGAACUAUUGACAUAAAACUUGGAUAAAUGCAGCAGAUCAUGUUAGUGUACAUGAUUGUCCGAAUUUGAACAAUGAUGCAAGUGAAAGUAUUAAUCGCCAUAAUAAAAAAAAAUUGAGCGGUAAACACCAGUGCAUCUGGGAACUAGUCGAUGGUGUUGAUAAAGUGCUAAAAGAUGAAGAAAUAAAUUACAGCAGGCUGCUUACGAAUGCUAAAAAACCGAAAUGACGCACACCAAGACAUGUUAUUGAUCGGCGUUAUUAUAUAGAUAAUUUGAGAAAUGAAAUUGAACAAGAUAAGAGUAGAUUUAAUACCAAGAAUUUCAUGAAAAUUAUUCCAAGGUCAUUACUUGAGCUACAAAAUACGUUAAAGCAAAAAAUUGGGAAUAAUGCCGAUGAUAUAGAAUAUGAUUCUUCGGUACCUGCAGAGCUGGACAUUUUUAAAACUGAUCAAGUUGAAAAUAUAAUAAUAUCAAUUUACUAAAUGAAGUAGAGUAGAGUUAAUACCUCCAAAAUCAUGUAAUCCAUUCCUCAAUCGAAAAUUACAGAUUCUAAAAACGGAAAAAGUACCAAAAAAAAUAAUUGUACACUCACCACUUCUACAUUACCAAGUACCGUAACUUCUGGUUCACUAAAUGAACCUGAUGGGCAUUUGAAUAACUCACCUACAACUUCAAGAGUCACUACAGUGACCCCAUCAUCUACAAAAAUUAAUCCUCGAAUUGACACACCACUUACCGUAUCCUUUUCGGCAACACCAGUUACAAGCGCUUCGGUACAAUCUCUCCCACUUAAAACAACUACUUUCAACUCACUAAAUAAAGUCGUUGGUAUUAGUGAAAAUAAACAACAGUUAUUUGAGUCAGUACAAUUGAAAUCAGUAUUAAAAGACAAUUUAGUUUCUAAUCAUUUGUCAAACGUAUUCAAGAAAAUAAAAAAAAAAAAAAUUACCCAGUGAUAAGUGGCUAAGAGAACCCAAGGAAAAGAAGAAGAAGACAACGGGGGAAAACAAAUAACAGAAAAAAAAAAAAAUUGUAAGAAAAAAUCUUAUUAUAAUUAUCAUGGUUAUUAUUAUUGUUAAUAGUCCUGCUAAUGCAACUACGUUACAACCAGUGAAUCAGUCAUCAAGAACUGCUGUUUUUAUCUAUCCAGCUCAAGUAUCUUCUAACUCGUCGUCUGCAAGUGCGCAAUCUACGGCUGCUGCUAAUAAUAAUAUUUUUUCUAUUUUGGUUGAUAAUUCUGUAUCCAUUUAUUUAACAAAAUAUGCCUUUAAUUUCUUUAUGAAUAAAUAGUUUGAUUGUUUCUCUAAACAUAAAAAUAAAAAAAAAAAAACAAUAAUAAUAAAAGAUAAAUGUUAAUAAUAAUAAUAAAAAUGUAUUUUUUAAAAUAUAUAUUUUAUCAAAAACA